AUGAUAAUUCCUAUGUCUAUAGUUGACAGUCCAAACCUAGGCUUUCGUCUUUCGUCUCUGGCAGUGAUGUCUUUAAGUGGUGAAUGGCAUCCCUGGGCGACACACAGAUGCGGAAACAACUUCGGUUCACUCGAUCUUAAAAAUUACGAAGUUGAGUCGGAAGAAGUGUAUGUUGUUGAAAAUAUCCUUGACGAAAGAAUUAUUAAGGGACAGAAAUACUACAAAGUACGUUGGCAAGGUUUUCCUCCGGAAGCGGACAGUUGGGAACCUGAACAAAACCUCACCAAUGUAUUGGAUAUAAUUUCUAAUUUCCAUAGACGGUCCAAAAGCAAAGUUUCUAAAAACUUAGACAUACAAAAGGAUUAUCAUAAUGUUUGUGCAAACUCUCCAACUUCACUUCCAACCCCUCCUUCUACACCAGGCUCAGUAGUUCAGAACCUACAUAAUCGUUUUAGAGGUGCUAGUGAAGAGCGGCAGUUGAAUAAAUCUGUGAAGCGCAAACAUUGCACGAAAUCACGUACUAGUGGAAGGUAUGAGUACGUCCCAAAACACCAGUUAGUAGCCUUGAAAACAAAGUACUUUGAUGACAUCCGAGAUGGAAAAAUUGAUUUGUGCUCAAAUGACCUUUAUUCUCGUGUUAAAACUCGGAAGCGUCAUGCUACAGAGUCUACUAGCAAUUCUGUAAGCAACGAUUCCGCUCAGAGUCGUAGUGGUAGUCUUCAUGGAGAAACUGAAUUGGAAUGCGAUGCUUCUAUGGAAGUGUUCACACCAUGUUUACCAAAACGAGAACCAGUUUCCCCAUCGUCUUCAUGUUUUGGUGCUAAUGAAUGCUUCCAAGAUUUUAACUGCACAGUAGAAAUCAAUGAACAAGAACAAUCAAAAGUGUUUAAUGCAGACAGUUCGCAGCAUCAUCUUCCCAACAUUCCUGAAAAUAUGGUUUCUUCAACUAAAGGUCCGUUGCAUGGAUCAGUUGGAAUUUCAAAAUUGAUAGCAAAGCCGUUCAGCAUAUCUUGUAACCUGAGUUUUUGUAGUGCUCUGGAUAAAGUGGAUGUGGGGUUGUCUCCAAUAUCUUACCCUACCGACAUCAAGGCACUUCAAACACCACAGCAAGGGACUACUCUUCCACCUGCUGUUAGUAAACAAUCAGAGCAGCUCCAUAACAUUCAUACUCAGUUUCAAGGACAAACUGUUUCAUCGUUGCGGUCACUUGUAAAUAUUUAUUUCAAUCUAAUUCAGUCUCAUAUUUCAAAUCAAGAUCCAACGGCACAUGACGACCAACCAAAUGACUUCCAUUAUGAGCUUCAAUGCUUGCCAAAUCUUUGCAUUUAUGAUUCAUUAACGAGCAUCCAGACAUCAGAAGAAUUCUUGGAAGCUGUUAAUAACCAGAGAUGGAGUCUUGUUGCUUGUACAUCUGGAAAUUUUUUUUCAGUCUGUAAUCAAGAGCAAAGAAAUGCUUCACCAUCAAAAGAGGCCUUUGAAACCCAUCAAACUGAUUGCAAAUCUGAUUUGGGAAGUGACCUGCGUUUCAAGGAAGACGUCUUAUUAGCCUGUGUUACUGGUGGCGCGGGUAGACCGUUAGUGUUAGACAAACUACUUACUUCGGGAUUGGACCCAAAUAAAGUUAUCGAACCGAAUUCCAAGUGGCCGUUAUUAGCUCUAGCGGUUAGUUUGGGUCGUUUGCACACUGCCCAGGCUCUACUUGAUGCAGGUGCUAAGCCAAACUGUGUUGAACCAACCUGUCGACAACGAUCAGCUCUUGGUCUGGCCAUAACAGCAGGCGACGUGGAUAUGGCCAACAUGCUUAUACUGUCUGGAGCAAAUUUUUAUGAGGUGGAACCCGGGACAACCGCCCUCGCUCUCAUUGUACGAUUAUUAAAUGCUCAUACGUCUACACAAUCAAAUCCUAAAUUAAACUGUGGCCAAAUGCAUAAAUCUUAUCUUGCCAUCGCGGAAUUUCAAGAUAAGUUACGUAGUCCAGAUAGUCAGUUUCCUCCUAUUCCUUCACCUUGUCCUCCAAGUGGAUUUGAUGUUCCCAGCUUACCUAGAUCUCAAAUUUUUAAUGCACUUAUAAAUUCCAAUUCGGGAAAUCACUGUGAUCUCAUUGCGUUAAAUAAUGUGGAUAACCACAAUUUCAAAUCUGGAAACUUUCUACCUUCAGUAGACAGUUUACGACGACUUCAUGAACUUGUUGUUGCUCACCAUGCUCGUUUAUCAAUGAGUGUGACUAAUUUAGUCCGAACUUGGCUUACUCGGGCUAAUCUUGUUCAAGUUGGAUUGGUUACACCAUGUCAAUGGAUAAAUGUGCGUCAGUGUUCUGCUACAGUGAAAUUUUCAUGGCCAAGUGGAUUUACUAAACUGAAAUCACAAUCAAGUAGUGUGGUUGCGCCUAUCUUAUUUUUAGUUCAUGGUCGCAUAGCGCCUCCUGCUUGUUAUGAUGUUUGGAUGGAUGAUGAAGGUCCUUGUGCUAUAGAACGUGUUUGCCUUGAUCAAACGUACACACAAAGGCCAUUGAGUCGUAUGCUAUUUGUAACUACACUGUAUCCACUCGAUUGGAAGUCAUCGAAACCUCUAGAACAUGAAGUUUCGAUCGAAUUCAAACAGGAUCACAUGCUACACAUUCAUUCUACACGCCCCACGUGUAUUGCAGUCAUGAUUAUUGCUGUCGCUUUAUCCCGUAGUAAUGGUAAGGAGGAAGUUCCACAGAACAUUGAACAUUUGAACACCGUUCAAUCUUCACGUCCUGCUAUAAAUAGUAGACAGUAG